CACGUGUUGGUCUGACAAACGUAAACAACAACAAAGGGAGAGGCGAGGCGGCGAGGCGGGGAAGAAAUUAAUUAAAAGCCUUCCUAACCCUCAUGAUAAACAGUACAGAAGGUGACACAGAUACCACGAUAACUUCUUCCAUCAAUGGGAUCUAUAAGAACUGCAAGAUCAUUAAAUAACCUGUAAAGGAAAAAAUAACUGCCAUGGCAAGCAAGAGACCACAAACAAAGGGCUCACCGUGGGUGGUGUCAAGCUUUGCAGACUUUGGCUUCAGUUCGUCCCCUCCAUCAGACAAGAAGGUGAUCAAACGUCCCCGAGAGCCAGGUGGACACUCCAGGAGGAAUCAGAAGCACCAGCGCUCUCUACAGGGCAGCUCGACAUUGUGGGUAGACCUGUACUCUCCCUCCACACGCGAUGAUCUGGCUGUUCACAAAAAGAAGGUGCAGGAGGUUGAGUCAUGGCUGGUGGAGAGUGCUUCUGGAGUGAAGGGACGGAAGCUGCUGCUCUUGACGGGGCCCUCAGGAUGUGGGAAGACAGCCACAGUGCGCGUCAUGGCCAGGGAGGCGGGACUCAACCUGCUGGAGUGGACCAACCCAACGACAACGCCUUACAACAACACCUUCAUGGAGCGAGAGGACAACAGCUGGCGGCCAGACGACACGGUGGCGCCCGUCAACCAGACCACACAGUUCUGGGAUUUCCUGAUGAGGUGCAGCAAGUACAGCAGUGUGUGCAGUGCGGGCAAGGCCGGCAACCUGGUGUGUGUGGAGGACUUCCCCAACGCUUUGCUCAGAGAUCCUCCGUCCUUCCAUUCUAUGCUAAGGAAGUACAGCCAGCGGAGUAACGGCAGUCCACUCGUCUUCAUCAUGUCAGACUCCACACAGCAGUACGGCAGUGUCAAGCAUCUCUUCCCUCCUGACCUCCAGCAGCAACUCUCCAUUGUCAACAUAGCGUUCAACCCUAUAGCGAGUAGCUUGAUGGUGAAGGCUCUGAGUUGCAUCCUGAGUGUGGAGGGUGCCAGUGAGGGCGGCUGGGGUCAUGCACAGCCCACCAAAGAGGUUCUCAGUGCCCUGGUGGAGGCUUCCGGAGGGGAUAUACGCAGUGCCAUCAAUGCCCUACAGUUUGCCACCAAGAAAGAUGUGGGGAACAUUGAGGGCCUCUUCUCUGACUCAUCCAAGAAAGAGAAGCCUGGGAGGAGAGGCAAGAAAAACACCAAGUCAAAGUCUGCAAGCACUGAGGAAGCACAUGUGGCCGUGGGGGGGAAGGAUGCGUCUCUCUUCCUCUUCAGGGCACUGGGCAAAGUUCUCUACUGCAAAAGGAUCUCAGACAAGGGAGUGACGGAACCCUUACCCAAGCACCUGAAGGAGCAUGAGAGGCUGCCGCUGCAAGAGGUUCCUGAGAGUAUCUAUGAGAAGACGUCCAUGGGCGCCUCCAGCUUCAGCCUCUUCCUGCACCAGAACUACCUGCCCUUCUUCACAGACAUCGACAGUGUUGCAAGGGCCGCUCACUACCUCGCAGACUCCGAUGUGUUGAGUGCAUACUGGAUGGACAGAGACGUGUUGGAGGGCUACUCAACAUCCCUCACUGCGAGAGGCUUGAUGCACCCGAACAAAGGAGGCAGCUCUGGGGGAGGCUGGCGGCCCCUCACACGCCCCCAGUGGUACUCUGUCACCAAGCAGAUGCAGCAGCACUCGGCAGCACUCAAGCUGGAGCACUGCAGGCACUCACUCACCAUGGAGGAGCUUGUGACAGACCUGGUGCCUCUCAAGUGCAAGAUUCUAAGUGGGUCAUCAUACACCAUCCAGGAGGUGGGCCGCCUAUCAAACACAAGGAGGAUGCACUACUUGGAGCGUCUUGGGGAGCUGGACGUUACCAACACCAUCACCGAGGAGGAAGAGAGAGAGACAGCGACCCUAACUGCCCUCACUGAGCCCCAAGAAGCUGCCGACAGCAGACAGGCUGAGGAGGACCUGGAGGAUGAGGAGCUGACUAUAGAAGACCCAGAUGAGGACUGAUUCCCUGGUGUCCUUGAGGCAUCCUGAGUUUGUCUUUCCACAGUAUUAAAAGACAUCAAAUGAACAAAUAAAUUGGCUAUGUCUGGCAGAGUUCAGGUGCCUUUACUUGGUGAUAUUAAACUUAAAGUAACACACACACACACACACACACACACACAUGCACACACACAAGUAAUUUUUAUCAUGCUGCAAAAAUCUGCUUGGAAUAAACUCUGUACACAAUAACUUUUCCUGGUGAUGGCAGCCACAUAUGGAGGGCUGUAAACCAGGUGUCAGGCCAGUCAUGAGGUGGUGAUGCGCCGGUGCUUCCUGGCUCUCUCAGUCGCCACAUUCUGGGGGAGCAUCAUAGAGUGUGUUCACCAAUUUGUACUUACCACCAGAGCCACAGAAUAGAAGUUGACCAUCUUCAUCACAGGUGCCAUAUAGUUACCAGCAGAGCUAUGGGCAACUCAUAUUGAUGUUGAUGCAAUAGUGUUUUUUUGUGCUCUAGGUAUUGUGAUAAUAUUGAAGAACACUAUUGUAUUGGCAUCACUUUGAAUUUUGCAAGGUUCUUUUGGUAACAGCCUGGUGGAUGGACGUCCUGAUGGACUUGGUGCCUGUGAUCAAGGUGGCCAAACUCUCCUCUUCUGUGGCUCUGCUUACCACUGCAACAAGUACUCAUCAGCAGUGCUCUGAAAAGCUAAGCUGAACUAUGAAAAAUCUCUUAGUUCAUGCAUCAUCUCAAUUUAUUUAUUUAUUUAUUAUUUUUUUUCCUGGUGUGAGUACUGAUGGGAACAAUAAUGACAGGCACACACACUCAUUGUAUAAUGUGUGAUUAUUUAUUUGUGUCUCUCCUUACCCCUGCCACUCAGGGCUCCCUCAAGAAGGUAACCAUGGCAGAAGAGUCUAUUUUUCUCAUGUUCAUUGUAGUGUCCUGUUACAUGUAUAUAUAAAUUGAUGAAUACAUUUUUUGUAGAAAUGUUGUAUGUUAUACCAGACCUUCCCCAACACUCAUCUCACUGAUCACUCACCUCCUCUGUGCAUGCUCCUCAUGGCCUGUGUUAUGAAUUCCCUCUCUUCCUCUAUUUUACUACAAAAGUCUGUCACUGUUAUCUUUGAAUAAGACCAUAACUCAGUCUUACUCCCCCUCUGGUGCUGGGCUUCCUGCACCACAUCCUUUUACCUUAACUGGUCUCAUUUUCACAGUCUUCUCAUUAAAAUUUUACCUCAUCUCUGUCCAUUCAGUACUUCCCAUUGCUGAUGUAUUUUAAAGUACCUUAUAUAUGUCUUCUGUUUUCUCACCAGCGAGCUUCAUGUUCUGCUAUCCUUAUGUUUGCACCCCUUCAUCCUUCUAAUUUUGGAUCAGAAUGCAUUGCUGUUUCCUCCUUACUUUCACUUGACCAUACUAUUGCUGCCUGGGAAAAUUAAUGUUUGAUUCAUAGAAAGCUGCAGGGAACAGGGUCUGGCUGCCUGAUAUUGUUAGAGCCUGGCAAAUGUUGAAUGACCUAGGAAGGGAUGCAGCAGCUCAAGCAUAUUUUUCUUCCAGUACAUCUUAACAGCUCAUAAUAACUGUCCUUUCUUUUUAUACCCAACAUACUUAACACAGGCAACUCACCCUUGAAGGAAGAGCAGCUCUGCGUGGGCCACACCUGGAGCCUAGGAAACACCUGGACAUAAACGGAUAUACUGUAAAUGACUGACCCUCUAAAGAAAAACAAUAAUAUGGCCUUGAGUAUUUUUAGCUGAUAAAGUAGAUCAAACAAAAUAAACACAACAGAACUAUCAGCAAAACAAGAGAACAAACGGAAAACAACUAAAUGAAAAUAGAAAACAAACAAAUAUACAAACAGUGACUCUUUUAAGUUCCAUGUCAAAGAAAACACCUUGAACAAAUGCUGCGUCACAGUCUACAAAUGACACACUCCUUCAGUGAAAUAAAAAAAAAGGCUUUGGAAGUGCCUGGCCAAUGAAACAAAACUGAGACAAAGAUAGCGCUGUCUCCUUGCAAGUUUCUGGUUAAUGAAACGAAGUAGUGUUGUAUUAAAGUCCUUCCAAAUUGGGUUUUACUGAAGAAUUGGAUUUAUGCUCAGACAUGGGAACACUUCUUGCCUUGCGCCAACACUGUUACGUACGCUGCUCGAGUGUGGCCUCAGCUCAAGGGGACAACAUUAGUCCACUGAGCAGAAAUUAAGUUGUUAUUGUGAUCUUUCCUCCACUGACAACUUGAUAUUCAUCCUGGUAAAGGCCACACUGAAGACACCUGAGAUGCAUCACUAUCGAAAUCAGACUCCGGGCUCGGCAAGAAUCUGAAUGUACCCUGCCGAUUCUUCUCACACUAAAACAGUUAAUGAUUAUGUAAUACGCUAUAAUGAUCAGUUGAAGAUUGAAAUGUGAACUGAGGAAAUGGACUUGGUAGUUGAGAAUGGUUGAUGUGUUUGGAGGAUUUCAACCAAAACAUUCACAGAGGGGCUUAUGGGCCUUCAAGGUACAGCAUCAGACACAGGGAGAUGAUAGGCCGUGGGUGGUUCAAAGUAGACCACAAAGAUGCUCUAUUCUGGCUUGAGAUAAAUGAAGUGUAUAUUUCAACCCCCUGUUCAUUUCUCUAUUAUGACAAACCCCCCAAUGCUUUAUACGGCGGAACAUUAUCGUUCUGGUGAAAGUUUUGGGUGCCCACUAAUGUUGUAAGUACUUAAGCUUUAUUAUAAGGAGUGUGUUUACGACCAUUCUUACUGAUGCAUCGUUGUCUGCAGUGGCAUAGCUAGAAGGUGGUAGGGAGGGGGAAAACAGUCUAUCUCGAGAAUCUUCGUUUCCCUAUAAAUAAGAAAACAAAUAAGAGCAAGGAGUGCCCUUCAAAACACGGUCAUUGUAAGGGAAGGACCAUCAAGACUGAGGAGGGGUAAGAAAGAUGAAGAAAUAAAAUUGUUACAGAUAUUUUCGACUCCAGGAACCAAUUUGAACCCCCUACAGUUACCAGAUUAUCGUACUCAGAGCCACAUAUCUGUUGCCAAGAAACACUAAUAAUUAACCAUUUAAACGAUAAUCAUAUAUGAAGGCAGUUAUUUGGGUGAUGAAAGCAGUUUUUGGGUCGGAAAUCGGCAAAUAAAUAAAGAGGAGAGGAAGGCAGAGAAGGGAUAGGGAAGUAAGAAUGUGAUGGAAUAUGGAAAACGAAUGAAAGGAGAAAGAGGAAAUUUGGAAUACGAUAGAAUGGAAAGGAGGAAUACCAAGGAAAGGGAAGGAAAUCGAAAGGAAGAUAAGGGAUAGGAAAGUACAAACAUGGAAGAAUGAGGAAAUGAAGUAAAUAUAAAAAUAAAAUCUGGAAUUGAAGAGGGGUGUCUGAGGGAAGGGAAAGGGGGAUGAAGGAUGAAAAGGAUAAGAUGAAUGGAAAAAGGGAAAUGAGGUGAGGAAGAAAAGAAAAAAAACAAAAGAGGGAAGAGAUAAUUAAGGUGAAGGACGGAGUAGAGAACUAGUAGGCAGAGUACGAUAAUUUGACAACGUUGCGGGCCCUCUCAAUCGCCCAUACCCGUCGCUAAGCCCCUGACUGUAUAACUGCGGGAAAAAGUCUUAAGUUUCAAGAUCAUCAACUCCGUAACACCACAAGGACACGUUUAUUGAUACACUAACAUUACGGUGAGCUUUACUGCAGGAACCUUGCAGACUGAAGUAUAUAACGUUUGUAUAUAUAGGAUUAACCAAUGUCGACUAUCUAAUACCAUUACAGAGGAGUGGAGCCUGUUGAGUGUCCCUGUAGAUCCUUCAAGACAGGUUUCUUCUGCUAGCAUAUCACACCUCGACAAUGAAGUAGUAGUAGUAGAUGUAGUAGUAGAUGUA